UGCUUAUUCUAUCAGUAAAACAGCUAAUAUCUAUUUUACUCAAGAACUACAUCGCCGUUUCGGCGCACAAGGUCUUAAAUCAUAUGUUCUUCAUCCCGGUGCAGUCGAAACAGGACUAGCAAGACAUUUGCCUCUAUUUAAACUGAUCUCUACUCCAUUUCGAUUACUCAUCUUCAAGACGCAACUUGAAGGUACUCAAACAAAUCUAUUUUGUGCUGUAUCAGACGAUGUCAUAUCAGGGAAAUAUUAUUCAGAUUGUCACGAAACUGAACUAGGUAAUCCACAUGCACUCAAUCCAGAACGAGCACGUGAAUGGUGGGAAUAUUCGGAGAAGAUGGUGUCAGAAAAGAUCAAAGAACGUCAAUAA